CCUGGACGUAGUCUCCCUGAGGUCCCCGCAGACUGUCUAAAACCUGGACGUAGUCUCCGUGACGUCCCCGCAGACUGUCGAAAACCUGGACGUAGUCUUCAUCUUGAUCUUUUAGGUCUGUCGUUUGACUGACUGCAGUGAUCAUGGCGUCCCCCAGCAGUCUGUCUCUGCUGGGCUUCAAGCAGCUGUCCAUCUACCUGGUGGACUGUUUGAAGACACCAGCUGACCUGAGACCUGCUGUAAGGCCGGAGCCAGAAGCUGAGAAGCCCGCCAACAUAGGAGAUAUCCAUGUCCGCGACGAAGCAGAGAAGAGUCAGCAGGAAGCCCGACAUCACCUCUGUGAGCAUUGUGGGAAAUCCUUCUCAAACAGCAGCAACGUCUUCAGACACCAGCGAUGUCACUGCAAAGCAAAAAGAGAUAACCCCUCAGUCCUCAUGCAGAAGGAGCUGUCUGUCUGCCUGUUGGACCGUAUGAAAGCUCCAGGACUGAACGGGCCAGUGGUCAACUUAGAAGAGGUGGACGAGCAGUCGGACUUUGAGAAUCCACAGCAGAUGAACCAGGAGCUCGAAGAACUGCAGCCGAGUCCCGGAAGAGCUGAUGGGACGCCAUUAGCGACUCAGAAAGCCGCCGUACCGAACUCCAAAGUCUCUGAGUCACUCGGAGAAGCAUCUCUUUGUAAUUCAGAGGAACGUCAAGAGGAAACAUUCUGCAGGGACGUCGUGCAGCAUGAAGCUGAUGCUGUGCCUGCAGCUGGAGAAAAGAACCAGCAGGAAGGUGCGGCCACAGCCCGACAUCCCCGCUGUGAGCAGUCAUUUACAAAGAGGAGCAACGUCUUCAGACACCAGCGGCGUCACUGCAAAGCAAAAAGAGUGUGUGCGAGGUUAAUGCUGCAGAGUGAGCUUGGCCAAAAGCCGUCCAGUCACAACCAGAUGUACCGGAAGCAGUGCUGUCGAGCAAAAUCAGACGUCGCCCUAUGCUCAGAUGAUGACUGGGUCUCUAAAUGCCCCUCCGGCUGCAGACUCAAAGGUUUGAUGUCGCAGAUGGAAAGCGAAGUGGAAAGAAAAGUGAAGAAGGUGUGCAAGAAGGCAAUGAUGUAUGAAGACGCGCUUGAGAAGUCCAUGAUGACGAUGACAGAUUUCUACAACAAGAACCGGAGAGACAUAGUCGGCAGAUACAUGUUUGAGCUGAAGUUUGCGGAAAAUGCUGAACGAUUGACCAAGAACUUCACGGCACUACAAAAUCGAUCGUCCAAGCUGUCACGGCAAUUCGAUGAGCUGCUUCGCAAAGCCCAGAAACAAAUGGAGGAAUUGUAUCGGACCGAGGUCGACAUUGACAUGAAGCUGCGAGCCUGCUAUGGCUCCUGUCAGUCGGCGUUACCGUUCAGCAUGGAUGAUCCCAGUUAUCAAACGCUUCAAAGUGACAUAGACCAGAUGGACAAGACUCUAAAAAGGAAGGCAGCGCCUCCUGAAGACCUCCCACAUAUCAAGCUACAGCAUGUGUGGAUAUAGGGCCCCCACCAUCUGGAGAGUACAAGACCAUCCUCAUAGUCCAGAGAGAACUGUUGACCCAGUUUGAGGACAUCGAACAGCAUCAGAUAGUUCUGGAGGAUCUGCUUUAGGAGUCUUCAGUUGUGGGGGCUCUCUGUCCUACAGAACUGGAAUGACAGGAUGCAAAGAAGAGAAGAGUGGACAUUUUAUUUUCUAUUCAACAGCACUGGGCUCUGUUACACAUCUUCUGUAUUUACUAAAACCUGAGAUGUAGUUAGGCCAUAUUCACACCAAAUCUUGUGUUCUGUCCAAAACUGAGGGGGUAGUAUGUUUUUGCAGCAACUUAUUUAUUUGUAAAUAAGAUUCAACUUAUUUGUAACACGGAUGCAAUGAGAGCACACUGCUCUGUUUCAUUUUUUAGUCACUGUCAGAAGAGUGACUUUCAGCACACUGUACAGUCGUUUUUUCUCAAUCUGUCAAUAAAAGCAUUUAGAGCCUUUUGCAUCUUCUAACUUUAAUUGUAUGUUUCAUAAGAUGACUUCUACUGUGCU